GAAAAUCGGAUUUACAAAUCUAGUUUGGCAACACUGUUUUCUUCACAAGAAUUUUUACAACGCGCGCAAAAGCAAGGAAAACGCAGAGCAGCAAAAUAACUAACGUCAUGGCUGAUUCUACAAAUGUACCAGAAAUCCCCCACGAACAAGGUUUUAUCAGUUUCCAUGGAAAUCUUCCAGAGAAACUUGCCACUACUCUGCGAUUCUUUGAUCGAGGGGAAUUUUUUACCUUGUAUGGGCAAGAUGCCCUUCUCGCUUCAAGAGAUUACUUCAAAACACACAGUGUCGUCAAGAUGCUGGGGUAUGGAGCUAAGAAGUUGGAAUCGGUGGUCCUCAACAAAAGUCACUUUGAGAACUUUGCACGUGAUGUACUGUUAGUCAAGCACUACUGCAUUGAAAUCUACAAUGGAUCCAAAAGCGACUGGUCUCUCCAAUAUCAAGCAAGUCCUGGAAACCUCACCCAAGUGGAAGAUUUGAUUUUUGGAUCGACUGACAUAACCUCUCAAGUUGGUAUUCUAGCAUUCAAAAUUGGCUCAGAAAAUCAAAUAGGAUGCAGCUAUGUGGAUACUUAUGCAAGAAAGAUACUCGUGGCACAGUUUUCAGACAAUGAUGCCUUCUCAAAUUUAGAAUCUCUCAUCGUCCAACUAAGUCCAAAGGAGGUUUUGAUCCCACAUGGUGAAGCUUACGUUGCGCCGAAAACAAUGCUGAACCGACAUGGACUGCUAGUAAAUGAAAACAAGAAAGCUGAGUUUUCAUCCACAGAAUCAGUUCGGCUACUUAAUCGACUCUUGCGCUUUAAAAAAGGACAACAAGAAAACGCAGCUGCGCUUCCUGAAGUCAGUUUAGAUCAUUCCAUGGCAGCUCUGGCCGCCCUAAUCAAACAUCUAGACCUAAUGGCCGACGAAACAAACUUUGGGCAGUUCAGUCUACAAAACUUUGACUUUACUCAAUACAUGAAACUUGAUUCGGCAGCAUCCGCCGCCCUGCAUCUUACUUCGUACGGAGCUGAGGUCUCGACAAUGGUGACGUCCAAAGCUGGAGCUCCUCGUACAAUCGCUGCACUGCUCAACAAGUGUCGAACUUCGGGUGGGCAGCGACUGUUGGCUCAGUGGAUCAAACAACCUCUUACAGAUAAAAACAGGAUUGAUAGACGUCUAGAUGUCGUAGAAACUUUCGUCAAUGAUGUCCAAUUACGACAAACGAUAACAGAGGAUCACCUCCGACGGAUGCCGGAUUACCAAAGACUAGCCAAGAAGUUGCAAAAGGCUAAAGCCAACUUACAAGAUCUCUACAAGUUGUACUUGGGCUUGAGUCGCUUGCCGGUGCUGGUCGACUGCUUACUGGAGAACCAGGGGGAUCAUGCCGCUGUUCUUAUAGACGUGCUCAUCCAACCAUUACGAAAUGCGAACGAAAAGCUUGUCAAAUUGAAAGAGAUGGUAGAGACAACUAUAGACCUCAAUCAAGCAGAUCGAGGCGAUUUUAUCAUCAAGGCAGACUUUGACGACCAACUAGGAGAGCUCAAAAAAGAACUAGAUGAUUGCGGCCCGAGAGCUGAAAAGGUCCUAUCCCGAGCGGCAUCCGAUCUCAAGCUGGAGACUUCCAAGAGCGUCAAAUUGGAGAGCAACGCUCAGAUCGGCUAUUAUUUCCGAGUCACUUUGAAGGAUGAAAAGAAUCUUCGCAACAACAGCAAUUACCAAACAAUUGAUACUAAUAAAAAUGGCGUUCGAUUCCGGAACCAUGACUUGGCAAAAGUCAAUGAAACUUACUUGAAAGUGCGCCACGAUUAUGAGGAACAACAAAGUUCAGUUGUUAAAGAAAUCUUGUCAGUCGCUGCUGGAUACGUUGAACAUCUGCAGUCGUUGAACGAUGCCUUGUCAAAGCUGGAUGUACUGACAAGUUUCGCCGUAUGCUCAAUUAGCGCUCCAAUUCCGUACGUCAGACCGCAAAUCUUGGAGAAAGGAUCGGGGAGCAUUGAACUAAUUCAAGUCAGACAUCCGUGUAUGGAACUCCAAGACGGAGUUAAUUUCAUCCCCAACGACGCAAUUUUUCACAAAGAUGGGCAUCGUUUCUACAUUAUUACCGGGCCCAAUAUGGGUGGAAAGAGCACCUACUUGCGUUCCAUCGGGGUGGCUGUCCUGAUGGCCCAAAUCGGCUGUUUCGUUCCAGCUUCUUCAGCCACCAUUUCAAUCGUUGAUGCCAUUUUAGCUCGAGUCGGAGCUGGUGAUUGCCAUCUCAAAGGCGUAUCAACUUUCAUGGCUGAAAUGAUUGAGACCGCCAACAUCACCAGAACGGCUACAAAGGACUCUUUGGUAAUCAUUGACGAAUUGGGAAGAGGAACUUCUACCUUUGAUGGAUUUGGAUUAGCCUGGGCAAUUGCGGAACACAUUGCUGUGAAAAUUCAGCCGUAUGCGUUGUUUGCCACGCACUUUCACGAGCUAACUGCAUUGGCGGAUGAAGUGCCGGCAGUGGACAAUCUUCACGUAACUGCUUUGACCGGUGACAACACCUUCACGUUGUUGUAUCGCGUCCAGCCAGGCUCGUGCGAUCAAUCAUUUGGGCUUCACGUCGCUGAAUUGGUUCAUUUCCCUCAAGAGGUUUUGAAGAUUGCCCAAAAGAAGGCGAAAGAGUUGGAAGCCAUACAGCCUAAUAAUAACAAAUCAGGUGAACCGACAAUGAAACGUCGCAAGGGCGAUAACGCGGAAGGUGAUACAUUGAUGCGGACGUAUUUGGAACGUGCCAAAAAAAUAAUGGAGCAAAAGAAAGAUGUGAAUUGUGAAGAAAUGCAAGAAUUGCGAAAAGAAAUAACAAAGACCACGGACCCGUUCAUUCGAAAUGUCUUGAAUAUGUAAAAUUCGCGAUACCCAAAAUUUUGGGACCACUUGUCAAAAAUGUGCCUCUGAACCGAGAGAGUUCUUGUAAUUACAUUUAUUAUCUGGA